AUGGCCAAGGCACGAGUCAAGAAGCGCACUCACCAGAAGCCCCAAAAUGCCUCCGCUGUUAAGGGCACUGCGGCCUCAAUGUCUAAGACUCCCAAGUCUAUGGUCAUUCGAGUAGGCGCUUCUCAAGUCGGUAGCAGUGUCACUCAAUUGGUCAAGGAUGUUCGAAAGAUGAUGGAGCCCGAUACCGCUGUGCGAUUGAAGGAGCGCAAAUCUAACAGACUCCGAGAUUAUACCGUUAUGACCGGUCCCCUUGGUGUCACCCAUUUGAUGCUGUUCUCCAAGUCCGCCACUGGAAACACAAAUAUGCGACUCGCUGUCACUCCCCGUGGACCGACACUCCACUUCAAGGUCGAGAACUACUCGCUGUGCAAGGAUGUUGAGAGAGCCAUGAAGCGCCCACAAAGCGGUGGACAAGAUCACAAGACCCCGCCGCUGUUGGUCAUGAACAACUUCACUACCCCAGACGCAACCGAAGAAUCCAAAGUGCCUAAGCGCCUUGAGACCCUCACAACCACCAUCUUCCAAUCCCUCUUCCCUCCCAUCAACCCCCAAAGCCAGCCUUUGUCCUCCAUCCGCCGUGUCAUGCUGCUCAACCGUGAGCCCGCCGAAAAAGAUGACGACUCAUAUAUCCUGACUCUACGCCACUACGCCAUCGCCACGAAGAAGACCGGAGUGUCGAAACGAAUCCGCCGCUUGGAUCCUAAGGAGAUCCGCAACCGAGACAAGAAGAAGACUGCUGUCCCCAACCUUGGAAAGCUAGAAGAUGCCGCCGAUUACCUGCUCGACCCCUCCGCUGCAGGCUACACAUCAGCGAGUGAGACCGAGCUAGACACCGACGCUGAAGUCGAGGUCGCCGAGAGCACAACCCGCCGUGUCUUGAACAAGCGUGAAAUGCAGCGCCAAAAGGCCGCAGAGAAGGGCCAGGAUAAACCAACUCACACUACCGGUGUUGAGAAGCGGGCUGUGAAGCUGGUUGAGCUGGGUCCUCGUAUGCGACUGCGCUUGAUGAAGGUCGAGGAUGGUGUCUGUGAUGGCAAGAUCAUGUGGCACGACUUUAUCACGAAAUCUGAAAAGGAGGUGCGCAAGUUGGAUCAGAGCUGGGAUGUCCGGAGGAAGGAGAAGGAGCAGCGCAAGAAGCUCCAGAAGGAGAACAUUGAGCGCAAGAAGAAGGAGAAGGCCAGUGCCAGGGCCAAUGGCAAGGAAGUGGCUGAUGAUGACGAGGAUGUCGAUAUGGAUGAUGAGGCUGAUUGGCUGAGUGAUGAUGACUUUGACAAUGAGGAUGGCAAGGGUGAAGCAGAUGACGACUCCGAGUCUGAGGCUGAUUCGGACGAAUCUAUGGAGGAGUAA